AUGUUGUAUCCGGAAAUAUUCAAGCAGUUUAAUAUAAUGCCUCCCAAAGGAGUUGUUUUCUAUGGACCACCAGGAACGGGAAAAACUUUGAUGGCUCGUGCACUGGCCAAUGAAUGCUCCAGAGGGGGCAAAAAGGUGGCGUUUUUCAUGAGGAAAGGUGCGGACUGUUUGAGCAAGUGGGUAGGUGAAGCUGAAAGGCAACUGCGGGUGCUCUUCGACCAAGCAUAUGCUAUGCGCCCCUCUAUAAUUUUCUUCGACGAAAUUGAUGGUCUUGCACCAGUUCGAUCAUCAAAACAAGACCAAAUCCACUCCAGCAUUGUAAGCACGCUGUUAGCUCUCAUGGAUGGAUUGGAUAAUCGCGCGAGAGACGCUUUCUUGCUGGACGUCACCACUCUCAUUUUGGAUUGGAAAUGGGCUUUUCGUCGGCCGCCAUGUCAACUUUGA